CUUGGUCACAUUUGUCAUCUGAUUUCUUCGGCUCACAUUCAGCGUGUUUCGUUUAGCUGAUUUCUUGAUUUAAUUUGUUCAAUAAGGAAAAUUAUUGUUUAACAACGAGACGCGAUGGCUUCGAUUAGCUUGCUGAACCCCAAGGCCGAGUUUGCUCGCGCCGCCCAAGCUCUGGCCAUCAAUAUCAGUGCCGCCAAGGGAUUGCAGGAUGUGAUGCGUACCAAUUUGGGUCCUAAGGGCACAGUUAAAAUGUUGGUUUCUGGCGCCGGCGAUAUCAAGAUUACCAAAGACGGUAAUGUGCUGCUCCAUGAGAUGCAGAUCCAGCAUCCCACUGCCUCCAUGAUUGCCAGGGCCAGUACUGCUCAGGAUGAUUCAACUGGCGAUGGUACCACCACCACGGUGAUGCUCAUUGGAGAGCUCCUGAAGCAGGCGGAUAUCUACCUGUCCGAGGGUCUGCAUCCCCGAAUUAUGACAGAGGGAUUCGAGAAGGCUCGCGACAAGGCACUGGAGGUGCUCGACAAAGUCAAAGUGCCUGUUGAGAUCAACAAGAAGAGCCUGGUGGAGGUGGCCAACACUAGCCUUAAGACCAAGGUGCAUCCUGCCCUGGCCGAUCUGCUCACAGAUGUCUGUGUCGAUGCCGUGCUGACCAUUGCCAGUGCCGAUAAAACCAAACCUGUGGACCUCCAUAUGGUGGAGCUAAUGGAGAUGCAGCACAAAACCGAUACAGAUACGCAGCUGGUGCGUGGCCUGGUCAUGGACCAUGGUGCCCGUCACCCGGAUAUGCCGAAGCGCCUGGAGAAUGCCUACAUCCUUACGGCCAACGUCUCGCUGGAGUACGAGAAGGCCGAGGUGAACUCGGGAUUCUUCUACAAGACCGCCGAAGAGCGUGAGGCCUUUGUGCGCGCCGAGCGUGACUUUAUCGACCAGCGUGUGAAGAAGGUGAUCGAACUGAAGCGCUCUGUAUGCGAUGGCACCGACAAAACUUUUGUUCUGAUCAACCAGAAGGGCAUUGACCCCAUCUCCCUGGACGCCCUGGCCAAGGAGGGCAUCCUUGCUCUGCGUCGCGCCAAGCGCCGUAACAUGGAGCGUCUGGCGCUCGCCUGUGGUGGCACUGCCAUGAACUCAUUUGACGAUCUGCAGGAGGAACACUUGGGCUACGCUGGUGUGGUCUAUGAGCAUGUGCUGGGUGAGAACAAGUAUACUUUCGUGGAGGACUGCAAGAACCCGCUGUCUGUCACGAUCCUGAUCAAGGGUCCCAACAAGCACACGAUCACCCAGAUCAAGGAUGCUAUCAGGGACGGUCUGAGGGCUAUCAACAACACCAUUGCCGAUAAGGCCUUGGUGCCCGGAGCUGGUGCAUUUGAGGUGCGUGCCUACAAUGAACUGGUCGCCUUCAAGGAGACCAUCAAGGGCAAGUCCCGUCUAGCAGUACAGGCCUUUGCCGAUGCUCUGCUGGUCAUUCCCAAAACUCUGGCCGUCAACAGCGGUUACGAUGCCCAGGACACAAUCGUCAAGCUGACUGUGGAGGAUCGCCUGUAUCCCGAACUGGUCGGUCUUGACCUGGCCACUGGCGAACCCAUGAAUCCCGUCGAUCUCGGUGUCUAUGACAAUUACAUCGUGAAGAAGCAGAUCCUCAACUCCUGCUUAAUCAUCGCCAGCAACCUGCUACUCGUCGACGAGGUGAUGCGUGCAGGCAUGACGAGCCUCAAGGGCUAGUCCCAUCCAUUUCAUUCGAUUCAUACACGUUAACCAAGUUAAUGCGCUGCCUGCUUUUCAACCCGCGUCUCUCAAAAACCACAACCAAAAGAAACUAAACCUAUUUAAUUUGAAAAUACACGAACUCGGAAUGGUUGCGGCUGCAAGUAUUCACAAAGAAAUAUUAAAUCAUACACAGAUCUAUAAUUAUCGCUAAUGUAUUUUCUAUAUUUUUAUUACGACUAAUGAUUACUUACUAAAAACCAUUGGUUUAAAAAUAAAAACUUAAAUUGAAACGAAA